GGCUUCCCUUCCCCCCAAAGCUGGACUUCAUUCUUCAUCAGAACACACACAAGCAAACAAACACAAGCAAGAAACUCUACAACAACGAUAACCACAACCUUAUAACUCUCUUUGCAUACUACAACCAUCUAUUUCUCAUACACACUCUUCAACACAUCAACACAAACACAAUGGCUUUCUUCCCUCGCAACUUCUACAACUCCGAUGCUUCCUUUACUCCCCUCUUCCGUCUCCUCGACGACUUCGAUAGCUACUCUCGUCAGGGACAACAGAACGGUGGUACUCGCCGAAGCGGCCUCACCCACUGGCAGCCCAAGUUCGAUGUCCGCGAGACUGGCGAAGCCUACGAGCUCCAUGGAGAGCUCCCCGGCAUGACCAAGGACAACGUUCACAUCGAAUUCACUGAGCCUCAGACCAUGACCAUCCGCGGCAAGACUGAGCGCACAUACACUGCCGGCACUCCUCCCGCUGGCCUCGUCGAGGGCUCUCAGUCCCAAGGCGCCAUUGCUGAGGGCGAGGGCAACGAUGAGAACAAGAACUCUCACCACGCCAAAGUUGAGGACGAGGCCGAGGCCAAAGCUCACGAGAGCACCGAAGUCACCCACCACCAACAGUCCAAGGAGGUCGAGAAGAAGCCCGGUGAUCAAUCCAAGUACUGGCUCACCGAGCGCACCUUCGGCGAGUUCUCUCGCAGCUUCAACUUCCCCACUCGUGUCGACCAGGACAACGUCUCUGCCAAGUUUAAGGACGGUAUCCUGAGCAUUGUUGUUCCCAAGGCCAAGAAGCACGAGUCUCGCCGCAUCAACGUCGAGUAAACGCGACAACACACCACAACCCGGAAUCUUUGACGACCUUAUUAUCCAACUCUCAGAUUUCACGAUAAGUCAAGAUCAGUAAUGACUCAUCUUUACGACUUCAGCAUUGCAUGGAUCGGUGUUGGGAAGUUUCUUAGCAUGAAAUAGCAUUGUAGGCCUGGCUUGGUCAUUCGCUCCUUGUACAACAGCAACUAAUAAUUCAACUGCUUUUACAAACAACUUCCCAAAUAUUCAUGAAAAAUCAAGUGACAUAUUCCGUAUUAUUUAUUUACCUGUGACAAUAUAUA